UUCUCUUCCCCACUUCUUUAUUAAUCUCCCCUCCCCUCAUUGAAUCUUGAAACUUAGAAACCUAACCCUAUUCUCUCUCCAUUUUGCACAAACUCAGAACCGUCCUAAAACCAUUCCUUUUUUCCCCAUCUUCUUCACGAUUUUUGAGCCUUUUAUAACAGCCCAUGUUCAGAAGAUCAUUCCAUUACCAGAAACUUUGGUUUCUUUUGAUCUGCAUUGGACGCGGACGGUUCUGAUUUGAUCACAGACAAAGACUCGUGAUAAAAGAGAGAGAAGAUAUACAGGGGAAGGUUUCUUUCAAUCUCUAAAGGAGUGGGUGGAUUCCAAACUGAGCAGACCAGGAGGGGAUGUGGAGGUACAUGCCAGCUGUAGCACAGGGUUGCUAUUUAUAUAAAACUCAGUAGCAGAGUUGGGGAAUUGGCUUGAGUGGGAGUGUUUAGUCUUAUUCUUGGUUGUCACUCCAUCUGAGAUUCCUUGCUGCCUGCAAGUGAUAUCUUUUGUCCUUGAAAUGCCUGCCUUUCCUUCCAAGUUUCCUUUCAGGGCCUGUUUCCACAUCUGGAAAUAAGUUAGGUUUUAAAUUCUCUUGGAAUUUAGUCUGAAUAUUACUCUAUAAAUCAGUAACAAUGGCUGUCUAGUGCACAGCGCAAGGGGCUUAAGAUGGCUUUCUAUUCUGCGGAGGAACAAACAGAGGAUUACCUUUUCAAGAUCGUCUUAGUUGGUGAUUCAGCUGUUGGAAAAUCAAACUUGCUUGCUAGAUUUGCCAGAGAUGAAUUUUAUCCAAACUCAAAAUCAACAAUAGGAGUAGAAUUCCAGACACAGAAGGUUGAAAUUAAUGGGAAGGAAGUCAAAGCUCAGAUAUGGGAUACAGCUGGUCAGGAGCGUUUUAGGGCUGUUACAUCUGCAUAUUACAGAGGUGCAGUGGGAGCUCUUCUUGUGUAUGACAUCAGUAGGCGACAGACAUUUGAUAGCAUUGGCAGAUGGCUUAAUGAACUUCACACGCACUCUGACAUGAAUGUUGUUACAAUACUUGUUGGGAACAAAUCUGAUCUCAAAGAUGCCAGGGAGGUCAGCACUGCUGAAGGCAAAGCCUUGGCCGAGGCACAGGGCCUUUUUUUCAUCGAAACUUCAGCUUUGGAUUCAUCUAAUGUAGCUGCUGCUUUUCAGACGGUGGUUAAAGAGAUUUACAACAUCUUGAGCCGAAAGGUUAUUCAAUCUCAAGAGCUCAAGCAAAAGGAUCCUAGCUCGAUUGGAAAUGGAAAGACUGUGGUUCUACAGGCAGAUGGGAACCAAGAUGCAGAUGAGCAAAGUAAAAAAGGUCGGUGCUGUUCAUCGUGAAGUUGGGCAUUGUAAAGACAUUCUUCUCUCUGUGAUCUGAAUGUCUCAAAUCCCUUUUGGCAAUUCUGUUGUAGUUCGCUUUCCUGAUUGUGAACCAAUUCCUUGUUAGUGUUGAAACAGCAGGGAAAGUGUCUUUUGAUAGCGUUCAGGGGGCUAUAGGUGAAACUGUACCCACAAGAGUGUAAAUGACCUGUGAGAGGUUACAAGAUUUUGUUUUUGUUCUCCGAUUUUUUUGCCUUCUGUCCGGUUUGUUUGAAUUUGUAUGGUUAUAUGUACCCUUGUAAAGUAUGUUAAUUUCAUGGAUC